AUGGCCCGGGCCGCAGCCCUCCGGCCGUCGAAAUCGUCUCCGACGCUGCUGCUGUCGCUGCUGCUGCCUCUGCUCUGGAAAACCGGAGCCCAAGAUAUACGUGUUCACGUGCUCCCCGAGGUCCAGGGCCCCCUGGGGGGCACUGUGGAGCUGCCCUGCCACCUCCUGCCGCCAGCCACUGACGUGCGCAUCUCCCAGGUGACCUGGCAGCGCCUGGACGCAGCUGGGGGCACCCCGAAUGUGGCUGUGUUCCACCCUGUGUACGGCCCAAGCUUCCCCAGCCUGAAGCCAGGCAAGGAACGCCUGUCAUUUGUCUCGAUCGGGAAGGGCACCGAGACGAAGCUACAGGAUGCCACACUGGCCUUCAAGGGGCUUACCGUGGAAGACGAGGGCAACUACACCUGUGAUUUUGCCACCUUCCCCAAUGGCACCAUCCGAGGAGUCACCUGGCUCCGAGUGAUUGCCCAACCCCGGAACCACGCAGAAGCGCAGGAAGUCACCGUCAGCAAGGAGCCUGUGCCCGUAGCCCGCUGUGUCUCCGGUGAGGGCCGUCCACCUGCGCGCAUCUCCUGGUUCUCGCCCGUGGAUGGGGUGGCUGUGGAUAGCCAGACACCAGGAUCCCUGCCGGGCACUUUCACCGUCACCAGCCGCUUCACCCUGGUGCCCUUGGGCCAAGUAGAUGGCGUGAAGGUCACCUGCAAAGUGGAGCACGAGAGCUUCCAGGAGCCGGUCCUGCUGCCCGUGACCCUCACUGUGCACUACCCCCCUGAAGUUGCCAUCUCCGGCUACGAUGACAACUGGUACCUCGGACGCAGUGAGGUCAUGCUGAACUGUGAUGUCCGCAGCAACCCAGAGCCGACAAACUAUGUGUGGACCACGACAUCAGGGACCAUCCCAACCUCAGUGGUCAACCGUGGUCCUCAGCUGCUCAUCCCCUCAGUGGACAGGAUGUUGAACACCACCUUUAUCUGCACCGUCACCAACGCUGUGGGCACAGGCCACGCUGAGCAGAUCAUCCUUGUCCGAGAGACCCCCAACACCGCAGGUGCGGGGGCCACAGGUGGCAUCAUUGGGGGCAUCAUCGCAGCCAUCAUUGGGACAGCUGUGGUUGCCACGGCCAUCCUCAUCUGUCGACAGCAGCAGAAGGAACAGAGACUCCAAGGGCCAGAGGAGGAGGAUGACUUGGAGGGCCCUCCCUCAUACAAGCCCCCAACCCCAAAGGCAAAACUGGAAGAGCAAGAGAUGCCCUCCCAGCUCUUCACCCUGGGGGCUUCGGAACACAGCCCGCUCAAGACCCCGUACUUCGAUUCUGGUGUUGGGUGUGCUGAUCAGGAAAUGCCUCGGUACCAUGAGCUGCCCACCUUGGAAGAGCGGUCUGGACGUCUGCUCCUGGGGGCCCCGAGCCUAGGACCCCCCAUCCUGGGGCCCACAGGGUCACCUGCUGUGGAAGGGGUCUCCCUAGACCUAGAAGAUGAAGAGGAGGAGGAGGAGGAAGACUAUCUGGACAAGAUCAACCCUAUUUAUGACGCCUUGUCUUACACCACGCCCUCUGAGUCCUACCAGGGCAAAGGUUUUGUUAUGUCCCGGGCCAUGUACGUCUGA